UGAGGAAACGGCGAGGCAAGGCAAGGCACGGAACGGCAAGGCAAGGCAAGGAGCGGCUAGGUCAUGGAGCGGGUGCACAGGCAGCGGGUGGUGCUGGGCGAGGAUGGCAAGAGGUGGAGCCCGGGCUCAGUCCAUGGCACGCGGGUGGGGCUGGCGACGGGCGCGGUGAGUGGGGCGGCGGUGUGGAUGGCGACAGGGACGACGGUGUAUGCGGGUGGUGCGCAGAUGAGCGAGCCCGAGGGGAGCGCUUGGCCGGUGGACGAGCCGCCGCUGGCGGGUGACGACCUGGUGCAGGCGAUCGAUGUGGCCGACGCUGGCCUGGAGGAGAUCCAGAACCUUGUGGUGGCCCUCAGCGACGAUGGCGCCGGGCUGCGGGUCGGGCUCGCCGACGGGCGCGGGCGCGGCGCGGUGGCGAUGGUGGGGGACGACGGCGCGGUGCGGUCAGUGGCAGUGCUCGGGGCUGGCGAGGCGUCGCCGGCCGGCUCGGCCUGCGAGUGGGGCGGCAACUCGGUGGCGCUCUCUGCCGCGGCGGGUACUGCAGCGCUCGGGCAUUACUGGGCGCGUAUGCUGAGCGUGCACGAUGUGGAGACCGAGGCGAUGGUGCGGUCCAUGAGUAGCCUGGGGCGGGUGAGUGCGAUCAAGGCGUGGCCGGGCGACGAAGGCGGCGCACACUUUGUGGCGGUCGAGGGCGCACAGGUUGCCAUGUACGACGUUCGGGCGUCCAAGCCGCGGGUGAUGUGCAAGCAGCUGACGGACUCGUGGGGUAUGGCGUCCAUGCUGCUGCGCAAGGUGCGCAAGCUCAUCUCGCAGGGCCGCGAGCGGACGGACGACGGCGAGUUUGAUCUGGACCUGACAUACAUCACGCCGCGACUGAUGGCGAUGGGACUGCCGGCAGAGGGCUUGACGGCAGCAUACCGCAAUCCGAUCGACGACGUGGUGGGGUACCUGGAGAAGCACCACGCCAACGGGUUCAUGCUGUACAACCUCUCGGAGAUCGCGUACGACACGGAGAAGUUCUCGGACCAGGUCCUCAACUUUGGCUUCAAGGACCACCACGCGCCGCCGCUGGCCCUGCUGUACACCAUUGCCUCAUCAAUCCAUGGCUGGCUUGCCGCAGACGCCGCAAACGUGGCCUGCAUCCACUGCCGCGCCGGCAAGGGCCGCACAGGAACCAUCAUCUCCGCCUACCUGCUCUUCUCCGGCCUGGUGAGCUCGGCCCAGGAGGCGCUCGACUACUACGCGUACAUGCGCGCUCGCCGCCGCAAAGGUGGCCAGGUGACCAACCCGUGCCAGCGCAACGCCGUCGCCAUGUUUGAGGCUGUUGUCUACCGCGGCGUGCCGGUGGCGGACUUUCCGCGCCGUCUGUUGCGCGUCGUCCUUCAUGGCCUCCCACCGGCGCUCUCCACCUCGCGUGGCUUCCGCCCCUACAUCGAGGUCUAUGACGCGCCCGGUGGCACCCUGCUUGCCUCGACCCGCCGCGAGGUCUCGGUCAUGGAGCACUACCUUGCCGCCGACGGCCCACAGACGAUGGUCAUCGACCUGACGGAUGUUUCAGACGCCGACGCCGUCGAGUCGGUCUCGACGCCCGCUGCCGACGACGAAAGCGCGCCGCCGGUCCUUGGUGCGCUGCAGGGUGUCGCCAUCGCCGGCGACCUCUAUCUUCGUGUCUUGCAUGCGGCCGGGCCGCGGACGCUGGCGCUCCGCCGCUUUCCGGACACCUACCUCUUCCGCCUCCAGGCCCACACCGCAUUCAUGGAGCCGGUGGUCCGGCUGACCAAGGCUGAGCUUGACGACGGGCGGAAGGACGACCGUCUCGACGACGGCUUUGAGGUCGAGCUCAUCUCGGUCUCCGAGGCCGAGGCGCGGAUGCCCGAGGGCGCGCCGGCGGCCGAUGGCGAGGCAGCCAGCGCGCCUGCUGUACCAGUCCUUGUCGCCCACGACCCCGAGGCCCAGAAGCGGCGGCACGGCGCCGAGUGCUUCCCCAGUGGUCCACCGUCGCGGACGCUCGUCGACAUGCUUGUCGCGCAGGACGAGGGUGGCACCGGUGCCAGUGCGUCGGCGAGCGCCGGCGCCGACGAUGAGACGAGGGCGGCGGCGCUUGAGGCUCGCGCCACCAAGCGGGUGUACACGGAUCCGCGGGCAGAGCGCGAAGCGCUUGGUGUCCUCAGCGGCCACGUCCACACGGUGACGUGUGUUGUGUUUGAUGCCGAGAGCCGACGGGUGUUUGUCGGGACCGCGAGUGGCGCGGUCUACAUCCACGCGUACCCGCUGGCAGCAAACGGGCCAGCGGGAACGACGGGACAAGCGACGGUGGAACAUGUGCUGGAGCCGGCCGGCGAGCGCGACCUAUCGCGGCAUGUGACGGCGAUUGCAGUCGUCUCGGCGCCGGAGCCGCUCGUUCUGGUCGGCGACGCAGGGGGAAGCGUCUCGGCGUGGUGCGGGCGCGAGUUUGGCCACUUGCGAACGGUAUCGUUUGCCGGCGACGGAGAACCGGGUGAGCCCGGCGUCACGGCCCUGGUCACUUACCCAGUGCCGGGGCGCAAGACGCUGCGGGUGUUUGUAGCCGGGCGCGGGCGGUACAUUGCCGAGGUCGGGCGCGCCAUGUGCGCCGGUGCUGGGGAGUCGUCCGCCAUCCUCCCGUCUGUCGUUCUUGAGCCGCAGGAGCGGGUGGCCGGUAUGCUCUGGACCGAGACGAUGGGACUGGUGGUCGGCCUCACCUCGGGCAAGGUCGGCACGGUCCGGUCCGGCCUUUUCCAGCCGCUGUUCAGUCUUCCGGCCUCGUGGCCGGCGCUCACAAGCAUUGCAUGGAACGGGGUGGCGAGCGCGCUGUACACGCUCGCAGCCGACGGCUCAGUAGGGGUGUGGGACACGUCGUCGCUCACGCUCCUGGUCCGGCACGCACCGCUCACGCAGGCAUCCGGGCCAUUUACCGUCUCGGCGCCGGCCGGUGCGGUCCCGGUCACCGGCCGCAGCAUGUGGUGCAUGCACUCGGGCUCGGCCUUUCUUGCCCGCGACGUCAUUGACGGCGACGUCGUGUUCGAGCUGGCGGCGGCGCCGAGUGCGUACUGCGUCACCCCAGUCGGCGACCGAGUCGUCGUCUUUCUGGCUACCUUUGAUCAGGUGAGCGUCCUUGUAUUGAAGUGCGAGUAGAUGCUGG